GCAGAUCCGUGCCUCCGAGCCAAUUAUCAUCAUCUUGGGUGUGUGUGGAGGUCGAUCUCUGCCCGCCUCCAUUCCACCGUCCUCGAGAAACUGGGUCGCCUGCGCAGUAGCACACUCAUCAUACGGCAUUGCGGCCAUAUCCGGCAGUCUAUUCCUGAAAGACGGGCUUCUCCUCGCCUUCUCCAAAAUCAAUGCAAGAACGACCGUCGUCCCGAUCUCUGCAUACAUUGAGCAGAAUGUCUGGGAGCUCAAAAUGGCUUGCUGGUCCGAUCAACCUCAGCGGAAAUACGAGGAUUGCACCCCUGUUCUCGAAUCUGGAAAGGGUACCGGCAGCUCCCUAAGAUACCGAUGGUCCUUUCGUGACAGGUGUUUGUACGAACAUGAAGGCGAGGAUCACACUAUGGUCGGAAGCUAUGCGGCCGUGUGUCGUACGGAGAAUUACUUGGAGAUCAUCAACACGUUCGAGCGCGGCGAGUUGGAAAUUACAUUAGGUGGCACUGUAAGUCUUGAGCUCUCGGUGGGCACCUCCACGGACUGGCGCUCGAAGUCGAGUGCUAUAUGGGAGGCCUCGCUUACCAUGCGCUCUGGCACCAACGGGCUGAGAGUCACCGUGCUUCAGCCUCGCACACACUUCCCCAAAUCAAAUUCAAUAGGCGAGCUACCUCCCGGAGUUACACACGACCCGGUGAAGCUCCUGAUGGGGAUCGUUCCCGAGGUCAUCGACUUAGCAGAAAUAUUGGACGAGUUGAAGAUUAUCGACCGGACAUGGUACGGAUGUUACCCUUCUGUGGUGGCUCACACCCUGGCGCGACCAGUCAUCAGCCGCAAUGGAGACUUAAUUUUCGAAAUUCGUCCUUUCUCAGCGCCAAAUUUUGGUCCAGGCUCCGGUCUUGGAAGGAAGUCCGUGUUAAAAAGUCAGUUUGGCCACAGAAUGGAGCACAGCCAGGCACACCCCAUAAACCCUGGAGAUCCGGGUCUCGUGAAAGACCGGAACAUGUCCGGUUCGAAGAGCACGGAGCCAUACAGCGAAGCGCGUGAGUCGAGUCGGACUAACGAGCUUGCUCUGAUUAUUUAUUGGGGCAUUGUGAAUUCAAAGUCGACUCGUCCGAAGCAGCUACACAAACUCAGAAGACGACUAAAACUUUUGCGGACAAAGAAUAUCACCUACCCGACUUAUACAUGCGACACAGAUAUGGACAUGACAUUGGCUGAGGAAGGACCUUACAUGUCUGCGAUGUCACCAGGUUUUGGCUCCACGAUCGAUUCACUUCCACCAAGCAUACCUGAUUCGCCAGCAUCCGACCUCGGGAAGGCAAACAUCGACUCGAUCCGCAGCUUUGAUCUUUGGCCGACGUCCUCGUCGUCCCGCCAUCAGACCAAUGGUAUGCAGGAGUGCCGGAGCGCUCUAGAUUCGGUCAAUGAAGAUGAGGAAGUGCUAUCCGCACCGCAAGAAAGUGGUGAUUUCAAUGAUCAAGACGCUAACUGUAGCAGCUCCCCAGCUCAAGACUUGUCCUCCCUCCACGACCCAGGUCGCGGCUCCGCUGGAACACCUUCGUCGGACAGCGACGGACUCUCCUCCUUCCUGGGCGCGGCUGCACUCAUUCAGAUCGCUGACGAAUCACAAGUCAUCCCUUCCUCUCAGCCGCAGAACAUAGCAGAUGCCAUAAGCAGCCAUCCUCACCUGACGACGCCUUACACCUCAGCUGCAAAUGUGAAGGCCAUGCCGACGACAUCUCCUGCCUCAGAGGCUACAGCUAUACGCCCCACGAAUCCUGCAGGUGAUCGUGCUAGGGUGCCAGGACUCUCCCGUUACUCUCCAAGUCUCUACUCCUCACCUCUCUCGAUCUUCAAAAGCACCUUCGCCACUCAGCCGUAUACUGGCCGCAUCACGCCCGCAGCUUCAUCCUCCGGCUUAACAGACAUGCGUCAGAGCACGCGGAGCGACAUAGACUAGCGCAACAGACAACUCGGUAACACGAGCGGCCAUACGCACGAUCGAGAUCUGCCGGCUCAUCAGCGCGGGAGACUGCUGUAGAAGCGUACCGAGUCUCUUCAAUCUUGUAUCUAUGGCUUGCGCAGUGUCACGCUCCUACCAUUGCGAGCGUUUUUUGUAGUGGCCAGGCAGAGUUGCGGCAAAGCACAUAGCUUGGAUGGGGAUAUGGUGGAGUGUCCUGAUCGUGAAAUGGAUGAUAAAUCAC